AUGAAAUUCUCUUCUGUUAUUCUUGCUGUCUUUGCCCUGGUCUCCACUGGCCUGGCUGACAAGUCAUGCACUCCUAGCUUUGAUUACUGCGCCGAUUAUCUCAUCGAGAAUAAGGGCUUUACCGAGGCUGAUCUGUUGGGCGUCAUCAAUGGAACUGAUGUUGCGGAUCAACCUUUGGACCACGUUCUGUUCCACUGCAUGAAUCCUGGCAUCGUGGGCCACGCAAAGGCCUGCACGAGCACAUGCAAAAACCCCAAGGGUGAGGGUAGCCACUCGUGCGAUGGGUAA